CCAAGGGGUGACUGGUGAGAUAAGGGUUUUCUUUAUCAUCCUCCCUUAAAAACCCUCAAUAAGGCAAAACCCCUUUUUUAACCAUCUCUUAACAACCCUCCCCACAGCCCCCAAUUCUGUCUGUGUCUCAUCACUUCCCGCUAAAACAGUUUUCGUUUCCAGUCUCUCUCUCUCUCUCUAUCCCUUUCUCCAACCUUCUAUGCCCCACAAAAAGAGAAAAAAGCAGAACCCACCUCCCCGCGAAACCUGCAACUUCUCGCUUUUGCAGGUUGCAUCUCCCGUGCUCGUCCCACCAAAACAUCCACUUUAAUUGAGCUAAUUUCACCACCUCAGGUCCCUAAAGGAAGAACAAGAAAAGCAGAGCUCCAUUUUCAUCUCUCCCUCUCAAUUUCGCUUUUGAUUUCCAUCUUUCAUUGGCAGUCUUCUUCUUCUACUUCUCUUCUCUCCUCUCCCGCUAGCUCCACCCCUAAUGUGGUCACCAUGGAGAAAAUCACCAAGUCGAAAGAACACCUCAUCGAAUUUCUCAUGCUCUUCAUUCAAAGACAUUCAAAACCUAUUCAAAGGAGAGCUAGAGCAGAUUUCCCCUAAAAAACCCAACAUCUUCCACCGCGUUUGCGUCGCCAACGCAGUGCUCCGCACCUGGUCCUGUCCUCUUGUUCUACCCCAAUCUCAUCCUUCACUUCCUCCUUUGAAGACCACCACCGAUUCGCCUUCCCCAUCGCCUCCAUCAGAUCCAGGAACGCCGCAACAGUUAAUCACUUUCCCAGGUGCCGAGAAGCGCAUCGUGGUAUAUUACACCAGCCUCCGCGUGGUCCGCAAGACCUUCGAGGACUGCAGAACCGUCAGAUCCAUCUUGAGAGGUUUCAGAGUGUCGACGGACGAGAGGGAUCUGUCUAUGGACGCAGGGUUCUUGGAAGAGUUACAGGCGAUCUUAGGUAGUAAGGAGCUGAUUACGCUACCUAGGGUUUUCAUAGGGGGUAGGUACAUCGGCGGAGCAGAGGAGAUCCGACAACUUAACGAAACGGGAGAGCUAAAAAGGUUCGUAGAAGGAUUUCCUGCGGCGGAGGUAGGUGUUUGCGAGGAAUGCGGUGGGUAUCGGUUCGUGUUGUGCGAGGAGUGCAAUGGUAGCCGUAAGUGUUACAUGGAGAAGGGUGGUGGGUUUAGGAGUUGCUCGGCUUGCAACGAGAAUGGUCUCAUCAGGUGCCCUUCCUGUUCUUCUUCUUCUUCAUCUCCUGUUGCAGGGAAAGAAGGUAUUAUGAAAAGGGAUUCGGAUGAGUCCUGAGAGAGAGAGAGAGAGAGAGAGAGAGAGAAUGUCAGUUUCUUUAUUUUUUAGAAUUUUUUAGCCCCAAAUUAAUACGUAAAUGUGAUACUGUAACUCUUGUACAUUAUGGAAUCAAUGCUUCUGCUCUUA